GGGAAGUGAGUCAGUGUCUGCCCACCCGGCCGGCCCAGGCCCGCGCCCGCCGCGGCCCCUAGAGGCCCCGGCCCCGGCCCGGCGGCGGCGGCCAUGGCCGGGGGGCCGGGCCCAGAGGACCCCGCGGCCCCUGGAGCCCAGCACUUCUUGUACGAGGUGCCGCCCUGGGUCAUGUGCCGCUUCUACAAAGUAAUGGAUGCCCUGGAGCCCUCCGACUGGUGCCAGUUUGCCGCCCUGAUCGUCCGCGACCAGACCGAGCUGCGGCUGUGCGAGCGCUCCGGGCAGCGCACGGCUAGCGUCCUGUGGCCCUGGAUCAACCGCAACGCCCGCGUGGCCGACCUUGUUCGCAUCCUCACGCACCUGCAGCUGUUCCGCGCGCGGGACAUCAUCACAGGCUGGCACCCUCCCACUCCACUUCCACCCCCCAGCACCACUGCGCCGAGGCCCAGCUGCAUCUCUGCAGCCACCGAGGCCGAGGCCCCCAGCCUCCGGAAGUUGCAGUCGUCAACCUCCACCCUCCUCUCCCCGGCUUUUCCAGGCUCCCAGACGCAUUCUGGGCCUGAGCUCCACCCUGUUCCAAGUCCUGCUGCCCUCCUGCCACCACCAUCUCCAGUCCCUUCCUUUACCAAGCCAAGCUCGGAGAGCCAGGUGUCCCUCCUGCAGGGGGCCCACCCUUCUCCAUUCUGCUGGCCCCUCCAUGAGAUUGUCCAAGGCACCCACAACUUCUCAGAGCAGCUGAAGAUUGGGGAGGGUGGCUUCGGGUGCGUGUACCAGGCUGUGAUGAGGAACACGGUGUAUGCUGUGAAGAGGCUGAAGGAGGAGGCAGACCUGGAGUGGAGCACAGUGAAGCAGAGCUUCCUGACUGAAGUGGCGCAGCUGUCACGAUUUCGUCACCCAAACAUCGUGGAUUUUGCUGGCUACUGUGCUCAGAGUGGCUUCUACUGCCUUGUCUAUGGCUUUCUGCCCAAUGGCUCUUUGGAAGACCGCCUCCACUCGCAGACCACUCAGGCCUGCACCCCUCUCUCCUGGCCUCAGCGACUGGACAUCCUUCUGGGCACAGCCCGGGCAAUUCAGUUUUUACAUCAGGACAGCCCCAGCCUCAUCCAUGGGGAUGUCAAGAGUUCCAAUGUCCUUCUGGACGAGAGGCUGAUGCCCAAACUGGGGGACUUUGGCCUGGCCCGUCUCAGCCGUUUUGUAGGGGCCAAUCCUGGCCAGAGCAGCGCUGUGGCUUGGACUCGGACUGUGCGUGGCACCCUGGCCUACCUGCCCGAGGAGUACGUCAAGACAGGGAGGCUGGCUGUGGACACCGAUACCUUCAGCUUCGGUGUGGUAGUGCUGGAGACCCUGGUUGGCCAGAGGGCUGUGAGGACACAUGGUGCACAGACCAAGUAUCUGAAAGACCUGGUUGAAGAGGAGGCCGAGGAGGCUGGGAUAGCCCUGAAAAGCACCCAGCCCACACCCCCAGCAGGUCUGGCCACAGGUGCCUGGGCUGCCCCGAUCUCCACCCAGAUCUAUAAGAAACACCUGGACCCCAGGCCUGGGCCGUGCCCACCUGAACUGGGACUGGCCCUGGGCCAGCUGGCUUGCUGCUGUCUGCACCGCCGGGCCAAGAGGAGACCCCCCAUGACCCAGGUGUACGAGAGGCUGGAGGAGCUACACACAGGAGUAGCAGGGCCAUUCCUGAGGCCAGAGGCUGCCAGCCGUGGCCCCCCUUCCCCCCAGGAGGACUCCUACAUGUCUGCCACCGGCAGUGCCCCAAGCAGCACCAGCCCCCAGCAGCCCCUGACAGUGCCCUCUGGAGCCCCAGCCCAGGCUCCAGAAUGGCUCCAGAAGGGCCCCAGCCAGCCUGUGGAGAGUGACGAGAGUGUGUCUGGCCUGUCUGCCGCCCUGCGUUCCUGGCAGCUGACCCCGAGCUGUGCCCCGGGCCUGGCCUUGCGAGGCAGCCUUGGACACGGGGCUGCCAUGCAGGCCCCAGCACCCCUCAGGCAGGCUGGCUGUAUUCAAGAGGGCGCCACCCGGGAGUCAAGCUGGGGGAGCGGCCUGGGCCCCUGGCCCACAGCUGUGGAAGGAUCACUCCUGGGCAGCUCCGCGUCAUCACAGCCACCGCAGAUUGUCAUCAACCCAGCUCGGCAAAAAAUGGUGCAGAAACUGGCCUUGUAUGAGGACGGGGUCCUGGACAGCCUGCAGCUGCUCUCCUCUGGCUCUCUCCCAGGCUUGGGCCUGGAACACCAGAACAGGCAGGGCCCUGAAGAGAGUGACGAAUUUCAGAGCUGAUCUGUGCACCUGGCAGAUGCCCCCAAACCCGGAAGUCAAAGUUCUCAUGGUCGGAAGUUCUCAAGGCACAGGAACCCUCGGCAGCCUGCAGGGGGUGGGG